AUGGCCGCCAAGACAGAAUCAGCAACAUACACCCAUGGCCACCACGCCUCGGUUGUGCGCUCACACAGCUGGCGCACCGCUAAAAACUCAGUUGGCUUCCUGCUGCCUCAUAUUAAGCCAGAUAUGAAGAUUCUGGACAUCGGCUGCGGCCCGGGUACCAUCACAGUCGAUCUCGCAACAUACGUGCCGCAAGGGCACAUCACUGGCCUGGAGCGGGCUGGCUCGAUCUUGACGCAGGCGCGGGCUAACGCUCAAGCCAAAGGUGUGACCAAUAUCGAUUUUGUCGAGGGUGAUGCGAACGGCCUGUCCUAUGCGGAUAACACCUUCGAUAUCGUCUUCUGCCACCAGGUGCUUCAACAUGUCGGUGAUCCAGUCGGCAUGCUCAAAGAAAUGAAGCGUGUUACGAAGACGGGGGGUAUUGUCGCUGCACGGGAGGCAGACUAUGGCGUGUUCGUGUGGUAUCCGGAGCUUCCUGGGCUGAAGGAGUGGCAGGACCUGUAUGAUCGGGUAGCGCGGCGGAAUGGUGGCGAGCCGAAUGCGGGGCGAGUACUUCACGCAUGGGCGCGGAAAGCAGGCUUUGCAGAUGUGAACUGCAGCUGUACAAUGUGGUGCUAUGCGGACAAGGGAGAUGUGAGCUGGUGGAGCGAUUCGUGGGUUGAACGGGCAGUGGCGUCGUCGUUUGCAACAACAGCAUUAGAGCAUGGGCUUGCGACGAAAGAGGAUUUAGAGAGGAUUUCUGAGACAUGGAGGGUGUGGGGGGAGGAUGAAGAUGCCUGGAUUUCAAUUCCAAGUGCAGAGAUUUUGUGCUAUAAAUAA